AUGUUUUCCUUAUCCAACACAACUCUGUCAUCAGGACCAGACCAAGAUGGCUGCCGCUAUUGGACCAGUUUUGAUCCAAUGUCAUGCUCAAAAGGCGAUAGAAAGAAGGUGUUUGGAGGAAUUCUUAAUGGUAAAGGACCACGAAGAGGUGAAAUUGUUCUCAUCAAAAUUUUCAAAAAAGCACUAGGAACGGAAUUAAUGUGCAGAAAUGAGAUGUGCAAAAAUCAAAAAGCGCGCGAACUAUCUCAGGAAUUUAACAAACGUUAUCACUUUCAACAUAUCGAAUUCUCGUCGAUUUUAAAUGCAAUAAUCGAUGACGUAUCUUUAUCCAACAGUCUUCUGAAUUCUCAUCGUAAGAUUUUCAAAAGCGAAUGGGUUUUGAUGGAAGAAAAUGUUGGGAAACAUUUCGUCACCUUUAUUGAUAAACAUGGUCACGUCUUCAAACACUGCCCUCCCAUUCUUACAGCGUUUAUGCACUGGACAUAUCACGUGACAAGUGGACAAUUAGUGGUCUGUGGCCUAGAAGGUGAACAAGAUGAAAGUAUUUGCCGAUUGAAAACACCAACAAUUCAUUCGAUGAAAAAGAAUUAUGGCGAAUGUGAUUCUGGUGAGAAAGGAAUCAAGAAUGUUUUCAGAAGUCACAUUUGUACCAAUAUUUGUCGAGAUAUGAUCAAACCUAUUAACCAAAAUGAUUCUCCGUCCAGAAUAUAUCCUGAUCUCCCCUUACAGCCAACUGCACCGUUCGAACCUUCAGCUUUAAGGUUCGAGUUGGAGCAUGCGCAUACGCAACUUCCGUCACCGACACAAUAUUUUGUUGCAACUUCGGAUUUAAUGAUGUCACAGUUUAGCCAUGGCAGCACUGAUUUCAAUGGUAAUCGGGAAUAA